CCGCGGUACCUACCGAGGGCUGCCCGAGCGGAGCCAUGAGCUGGACCUGCCCGCGUUGCCAGCAACCGGUUUUCUUUGCUGAGAAGGUGAGCUCCCUGGGCAAGAACUGGCACCGCUUCUGCCUGAAAUGUGAGCGCUGCCACAGCGUCCUGUCCCCCGGCGGACAUGCAGAGCACAACGGGAGGCCAUAUUGCCACAAGCCAUGCUACGGGGCUCUCUUCGGACCCAGGGGGGUGAACAUUGGUGGUGUGGGUGCCUACCUGUACAACCCCCCCACUCCUACCCCUGCCAGCACCAUGCCCCUCAGCCCCAGCAGCUUCAGCCCUCCCAGGCCAAGGACUGGCCUCCCUCAAGGCAAGAAAACUGCUGAGUUAAGAGGUAAAUUGGGCAGAUGGCACUGUCACCUUCGUUUUACAGGCCCUCCCCACAUGAAGACAUUCACUGGGGAGACCUCACUGUGCCCUGGCUGUGGGGAGCCUGUCUAUUUUGAAUGGAAGAACUACCACUUCUCUCCACCACCAGCUGAGAAGGUAAUGUCUUUGGGCAGAAAUUGGCACCGACCGUGUCUAAGGUGCCAGCGUUGCCGCAAGACCCUGACUGCUGGGAGUCAUGCUGAGCAUGACGGAGUCCCCUACUGCCACAUCCCCUGCUACGGCUACCUGUUUGGCCCCAAAGGUGUGAACAUUGGUGAUGUGGGCUGCUACAUCUAUGAUCCAGUGGAGAUAAAAUCCAAAUGAGAUGCUCACAGGAGAGUUCACCCUAACUCAGGCAUCCCAUCAUCCCCUCCGUGGUCCAGUGGGAGCUGCAAAAUUCUCCAGUCUCAUGAGGAUGGGGGAAGAUGAGAUCCUGGGGACCUGGGCCUAGGCCCUAUGGUAGGCCAGAAAGUCUAGGCUUUCUCUGCCAAUAUUUCCCUUUCCCAUUCCUAUCUGGUUAGGGGGCAUAGGCUACCCCAUUUUGAAUGGUGUCCUCCUGGCCUUCCCAACCCCUUUCCCCAGCAAAUUCUGGAGCUUCAAUGUACUCAUAAAACUUGUGUUUAUU